GAGCCAGGCGGGGGGGACUGUGCCAGCCUGCAGCGGGGGAGGCGAGCCCCCUUCUCGGAGCAGCGCUUCGCCCGCCCGGCCCUCUUGCUGCCCUGCUGCCGGUGCUGGUCCCCUUCCACCAGGCUGCGAGGGAGCGGCUCCCCCGGUGCACUACCGGCCAGGCUUUCCAAGUCGCGCCCUGCUUCCAGCUGCUGCACAUGGAGCUCGCGGGGCUUCCCGCCGACCCCUCCAAGCCGGGCGCCGAAGCCCCCCGCGCGAGGAAGCCGCCCCCUGCGGCCGGCGUGCGGCAGCUGCUCCCCGCCGACGAGAGGCUGAUGUCGCCCGUGGCCGAUUUGGCCCUGAAUAUGAACCAGCUGGCCGGGCUGGGGAGUGAUUGUGACACUCCAAAGAGGAAAAAGAAGCUGUGCACGGCGUUCAAGAAGGAGUGGUCUUCGCAGGAUUCGGUCUCGUCAGAGUCUUCGCAGGAUUCGGUCUCGUCGGAGUCUUCGCAGGAUUCGGGUGUUGCCCCAGAUUCCCCCAUCGUGACAGAUGUGGAGAUCUUUGAAGACGUAUUCGAGAAGGCAGUAUUGGAGUCUGGGAGAGUCCUCAACAGUGACUCCUUCCCCAUAAGAAGAAUCAACUCCUUGCCGGAGAGGCGCCUGGGCGCCAGCCCGCUUCUGCGGAACAUCUCGAAUUCCAAGGAGUUCAACGGCUCCCCCGAGGACUGCCGGGCCUUGAGGCUCAAAGGCAACACAGAAAACGAAGGCGUCUUUAAGAAGCCCCUGAGGCCACCAAGCAGGCUGUACUCUGCUGGUGAGAAGGCCCCGUUUGCACAAAGGCCGAGCUCUGCCCCAGACCUCAUGUAUUGCAGCCCUCAGAAAGAAAACAUGAGCCCAGGGGAAGAAAGCCCCGUCUGCCUGCGCCGGUCUUCCUUGACCUCCUUCAUGACUGAUGAAGAGGAUGAUGGGUUUAUGGAUAUUAUGGACGAAGAAGAGCUGAAGAGUGACACGGCUGUCCCGUUGGGUAUGGAGAACCUGCUGAAGGCUCCGCUGGUGAGAGACAAGGAAGAAUUUAGCCCGGCCCUGAGGUGUGCCAGCAAAUGCCGCCGCCUCUUCCGCUCCCCGUCCAUGCCGAGCAGUGUCAUCCGGCCCAUUCUGAAGCGCUUGGACCGACCUCAGGACAGAGACACACCGGUGAAAACCAAGAGGCGGAAGAGUCUGGCGGGAAGCACCAUUCCGGAGAAGGCGGAAGAGCCGGUAGGGAUGGAGGUGAAGCCACGGCUGGUGCGCUCCAAGUCCUGCUGCCCCAAUGAGAUUGAGAACAUCUUGGACAAUGAUAACAGGGAAAUGAUUGGCGACUUUUCAAAGGCAUAUCUCCUGCAGACGGUGGAGGGGAAGCAUCAAGAUCUCAAGUACAUCUCUCCAGAAAUGAUGGUGGCCGUGUUGAACGGGCACUUCAGCAGCGUCAUUGAGAGCUGUGUGAUUGUGGACUGCAGAUACCCGUACGAAUACGAAGGAGGACACAUAAAGGGCGCAAUCAACCUCCCCCUGGAGAAGGACGUAGAGGACUUUCUGCUCAAGAAACCAAUUGUGCCCUUCGACGCAGCCAAGAGGGUGAUUGUGGUUUUCCACUGCGAGUUCUCCUCGGAGAGGGGCCCCAGAAUGUGCCGUUUUGUUAGAGAAAAAGACCGAGCGUGCAACGACUACCCGUCUCUGCACUAUCCCGAGAUGUACAUCUUGAAAGGAGGCUAUAAAGAAUUCUUUCCCCAGUACCAAAUGCACUGUGACCCCCAGGACUACCGCCCGAUGCACCACAAGGACUUCAAAGAGGACCUGCGCCGAUUCCGCCUCAAGAGCCGCACAUGGGCUGGCGAGAAGAGCAAGCGGGAGCUUUAUAACCGGCUCCAGAACAGCUAGGAGGAGGAGACGAUACAAAGACUUGUGGGGGGGGGGGGCAGGAGGCACUGCUCGGAUGCAUGUAUCAUGAAGCAUUAUUGUCUGGGGUUUGUGGGGGGGUCUUCUCCAGUGUUGGUUUCUACACGGCAGAAAAUCAAGAGAUCUCUUCCAGCCAUUUUGGUUCCUUUUUGGGGACUGGGGAGGGGGCUCAGUGCUUUGUCCUGCGACUGCCACUGGUCUGCUCAUAACAAUACCUCCGGCUCCAGCAGGCUGGAGCCCCACGUGACACUGUGAAUCUUCCUCUGGGGCAUGAGCUUGAAGCAGCUGGGUCCAGCCAGGCCUCUUUCAUGGGUUCUGGGUGCUCCUUGGAACACAGCACCCUCCUUGCUCUCCCUGGUAAAGGAUCAUCCCAGAUUUUGCCAUCCCGUACACGAGCCAGGCUGGAAGGAGUGUCUUUCUGACUUGAUGCCCUUCAGCGGACAAAAAUCCAGGCAGCUAUUUGGGAACACCCACUUGCGCGGCACCGAGAAGAAUCUGGUGUAUGAGAGCUGUGUAGUUGUUGCCGUGAAUUUUGUAUGUGUGGCUAGGCAUCUUUCCUCCCGUCUCUCUUUAAAGCAAAGUAGACACGAUGCAAUUGGACAGGUGUUUUUUUUGCCAGCUAGCUACUGUGUUGUGAUAGUCUUCUAGAGGCAGACUUCAUUAGUAGACAAAUUUGCUUCUGAAAAUUCAACCGUAGCUAUAUUGAUGAGCAGGAGUGGUUCACCCCAGGAGAGGUAGAGUGGGGGAGCGGGGGCUUUUCUUUUCCAACUUGCGUGCAGAAAGCAAGUGACUCUAGGGGGUUUGGACAGGGUGAUAUAGCUGGGGAUUGCUACAAAAGUGGUGCAGCAUUUCCCCCCUUAGUCUUAAACAUCCUUUGCAGUUGGAAAGGAUGUGAAAUAAGGAGGCUUCGAGCAGCGAGAUGUUUUUAGCGGCAGCCCCACCCUUUGUGUACCUCUGGAAGAGGUUUAGUGUGGCCGACAAGGACACCCAUGUAAUAAAGGGGGCCCGUCUAGCAGAGAUCUGGCUGAGCCCCUCUUAAGCUGAAAGUCCCAACGCUGCCCAUGUUGGCUAGCUUCUCUGUUUGCGUCUUUAAAGACCAGGCCUGGGACUGUCAGGUAGAUGCUCUCACUAUAUAUAUUCCUUUUGCCAUUUGUUUUUUGUUUCGAGGAGCAGCGUUCAGAAGGUGGGGCGUGUCGCAAAGGCCUUCAAACUUGCUCAGAGCUCUCUUGCUUCAGACUGGAGGUGAAAGGGCUCGCGUGACACAAGGAAUCUCAGUAGAGAAAUGGUCCUUUCACGGGAGGAGGAAAGCCUCUUCACCUUCUCUCUGUAGAGAAUGGCUUUGCAUCUCCAGGCGAGGACAGCCCUUGCCACCUGGAGUGAGACGGCCCCCGAUGCAGGUGGACUGGCUCAGACCAAACCAGUCUAGAGAGAAACCCGAUCCUUGCAUUCAGUCCCUACCGUGUAAGGCCCCCACCCCACUCCAAUACUUGGCCACUCGGAGAAGUCUUUCUUCUUCGAUAUACCGUGUUCUUGAGCAUUUCUGGCCUUGCUCCAGCAAGGGUGCCUUUGAAAUGUAAACAGUUGCCCCUGAAAAUGAUCAUGCCAAAAAUAAGGUUUUGUCUGCUUGCAGGAGCAGCGUCCUCCUUGCCUAGAGGUAGAAAAGGCGCAUGCGAGAUGUUUUCUUGCCACUUUUCCCUUAAGAUCUGCAGUGCCCCCUGCUGGCCAUCUCGCCCAGCUUUUUCCUGUGGUGGUGACGCUUCGUUCCCGGCUGGGUCUACUCUCCAUGCGGGCCCUUGGGACAGCUGUGCUCCCACUUGCCCUUACCUGCGGUGUUCUCUUCUUCUGCGCUCUUCACCUGGUGAUGCUGCCAGUGGCAGAGGAGAACCGAGUCAUCCGCUCUGAUACGGCACCUGGCCUGCAGCGCAGCAUGGGCCUUCCUUGGCCGGUUGUCUAGGGCGAGCCCCGAUAAAUCAAGGGUGAACUCUGCAAUUGCCUGGCAACUGCAGGUGCUUUGGAAACAGCUUGGUGCAAAUUCCCAGUCUUGUUAGUUUGGGCUGGAACGCUGUCUUUCCAGAAACAGUGGGCUGCACACGAGCUACUAAACCUUGCUUGGCUUUGGUCUCUUCUCGUCAUGCUGCCCAGACAAGGGCGGAGAGAAAGCACUUAAUUUCUAAUUUUGCGCAGAAAGAACAGAUUCCCGUAUUGAAGUUGUCCCCAUUCCCUCCCCUAUUACAAAGUAAGAGACCGUAUAAAGAUACGUAUUUUCCGUGGCAAAUAGCUUUGGCUGCAGGAAUGAAUGCAGUGUGGUUUUUUUAAUGAAGGCACUGCUGCCUUCUUGGAUAAGAAAUCUGUAGCUUUUUGGGGGGGGGGGUCAGGAAAAAGAGAACUCUGUAACCGUUGAAGCUUUUUUAAAAAAAUCCACCGGUCACUUUGGUUCAUACCUGUUUUUAAUGGAAAGUAACCCUUAAAGCAAUUUUUACAUUUUGUGCUCAGCUUUAAGAUACAGUUUUUACACUUUUUAUGUUUUAAACGUUUCUUAUGAGAUUCUUUCCAAAGCAAACUGAUGUUAGCAGACCCGCCUGCUCGUCAGUUGUCCAACCCAUGAGGUGGAAAUGCCUUUGACUAGUCUAUGAUCACAUUGAUUUGAUAGCGAGCAGAAAUGAAGAGGCUCUACAGCAAAAAAGAGGGGGAUUUUUGAGAAAACAUGCUUUAUUUCGAAACUAGGAGCCCUUCAGUGUGGGGGAAGGGAAUCUUAAGCAGUUGUGAGGGGGAAGGGGGGUGAGUCACUAUUGGGGGGGGAUUUGGAAUGAGGUGAGCAUGGGGGGGGGGAGAGGUCUGGCAUUAUCCUGAGCAAAGAUGCCCCUGGAGCACUGAGAGAGGGUGGGCUGCUUUGAGGCCCUGGCUGGUUCCUAGGCCUUGAGAGAGACGUGUCUGUACAUUGCUUUUCAGCAUCUUGAGGACUAGAAACUUUGGCAAGUGUCAAUUGACUGAGCGUAUCAUCAUGUUCUGUACGGGAGGCUCUGUCUGGCUGUCGGUGUGGCUUGUGGGUGUUUUGUGCAUAAAACCCUUUUUUAUCCAUGUGAGACUUAGCAACACUGCCUUCAGAAUAGCCACUAUAGCCUUGAUGCAACCCAGUGUUGGGCCAGGUGGUGGCUGUGUAGUGCAUCAGUUAAGCAUCCUGGUGUGUUUUCCACACAGGGACAUUCUUGGGUAGUUUCCCCAUUACUGUUGCUGCUGACACAGCACAGUGACAAGGGGGCUUCCAUGCGGCCGACUUCCCUGCCCCAGUCCCCCAACAACAGUUACACAUACACACACCACAGUGCCAGCAAGGCUUUCCCCACAUUUUUAAGUGCUGAGUGUUACAGUGUUGCAACAGCAAUCUAUGUAUCCCAUUUUUCUGAAUGCCCAGCUUUUUAAAAGAGUCUCUAACCCCUUACGUUGCAGAGAGGCACCUUUCCCCUUAUAUCUCUGCAAUGAAAAGGGCUAAAGAUGUAAGAAACAAAAGCUUGGCAUUCAGAGAACAGAAUGAACAGAUCAUUAAAACAAAUACUCCCACUUUGGGGGAGACGGGGAAAAUACCCACUGUGUGGGUAGGACUAGGAAAAUCUGAAUUUUUCUCUGCCCUCAGUAUCUAGGCCUUAUUGCAAUCUUUCUCCAAAUCGCAACAAAGCGGGUCUGGGAAAGGUUGGGUUACUGUCCAAUCCGUGUACAAUUUAAUGAUGGCCUCUUGUUCUAGUGACAAUGCCGCAUUGAACUUACCCCAAUUCUUCUCUGGAUGAAAGAAAAAACUUAGUAAUUGUGGGUUGUAGAUUCUGGCUCUGAUACAAAUCCAGUGCAGCAGGAAUAUGCGCCCUGCUGCAGAAUGCAACGCAAAUGGACAUUUGGACACGUGCUCAUGGUUCUGCUCCGGCAAACCCUGGGUCUGCUGAAGCCUGCAUUUCUUCCCAGAUUCUUCUGUGGAGGGGUACAGCCUCUUACAAAAAAGCAAGCUGGUAAAGAGUUUGAAAGUUUUUGGGGGGUGUGGAAUUGGGUCAAGGCUGAUCAUGCAAUGCCAGAUAUUGCAAGCCACAUGGACAACUGCUCUGUGUGUUUGUGUGUGUGUACAUUUGUGUUGAUGAAAAUGUGCUGUCUUUUUAAAAAAGUAGAUUUUUUUUUUGUUCGGUGUUUAAAUGCCUCCUACCCCUACCCCCUUUCCUAGGCAGUAAUGUAUAAUCAGGGAACAAAUAAACUGCUAGGUUGUGGA